UUCUAAGCAUAACCCUUCUGGAGUGUCUGACUCCCCCUUGUGAAGGAUAUUAAACAGAGAGGGAACUAGGAGUCCUCUCAACUCACUGCAGCCAUGACAGACAAAGACAUCGAUGUGAAGAAGCCCAACAGAAAGGUGGAUGUGUGUGGGUAUCCUCUCAGUAUCUUCUUCAUCGUGGUCAAUGAGUUCUGUGAACGGUUCUCCUACUAUGGCAUGCGAGCGGUAUUGGUGCUGUACUUCAGGUAUUUCCUGAAGUGGGAUGAUGACCUGGCCACCUCCAUCUACCACACCUUCGUCGCUCUCUGCUACCUGACUCCUAUACUGGGGGCCAUCGUGGCAGACUCCUGGCUGGGGAAGUUCAAGACUAUUGUCUAUUUAUCCAUCGUCUAUACGGUGGGACAGGUUGUCAUGGCAGUAAGCGCCAUACACGACAUCACAGACACAGACAGGGACGGGACCCCUGACAACAUGACCUUCCAUGUGGCCAUGUCUAUGGUUGGCCUGAUUCUCAUCGCUCUGGGAACAGGGGGCAUCAAACCCUGUGUCGCUGCCUUUGGAGGAGACCAGUUUGAAGACCACCAGGAGAAACAGAGGAGCACGUUCUUCUCCAUCUUCUACCUUUCAAUCAAUGCUGGUAGUCUCCUGUCCACCGUCAUCACACCCAUCCUCAGAGGCCAGGAGUGUGGUAUCCACACCCAACAGAAGUGUUAUCCUCUGGCCUUCGGCGUCCCGGCAGCCCUCAUGGUGGUGGCUCUCAUCGUGUUCAUUAUGGGCAGUGGCAUGUACAACAAGACGGCUCCUAAAGGCAACAUUAUGCUGGAGGUCUGCAAGUGUAUCGGGUUUGCCAUAAAGAACCGCUUCAGGCAUCGCAGCAAGACGUUCCCUAAGAGAGAACACUGGAUGGACUGGGCCGAUGAGAAAUAUGAUAAACUGCUGGUGGCCCAGGUGAAGAUGGUGCUGAAGGUUCUGUUUCUCUACAUCCCCCUUCCCAUGUUCUGGACUCUGUUUGACCAACAGGGCUCCAGAUGGACCCUCCAGGCCACCACCAUGGACGGAAACUUUGGAAUUCUCAUUGUGCAGCCAGAUCAGAUGCAGGUGAGCCACGUCCCCUACCGUUAUACGCUAACAACUUAA